UACUUUAUGUAAAAUUUUAUGUGGGGGUGUUACAGUCGCUGACCUCUGGUGGCUCUCCCUAUGUGAGAGAGCUUUUUCUCGUUUCUCCCUCUGCUGUAUUCCAGGUCUGCCUCAUGAGCCGCAGCUGACAUGUGUUGCAGCUCAUCAGCCAUGGCAUGAAGACUGCGUCUCUAACUGCCAAGCCCCUUCUUCUUCUUCCUCCCCUUUUUGCCUGAGCUGUGAGCUGCAGUGGUUUGGGCAGCGGGCUGUAGCUGUGUGUGUGAAUUUAUGAAACUUGGCGUAACUUUGGCUUUUCUUUUUGUGAGUAAAGGUGUACCUUUACUGAGAUAAUUGUGAACCACACUGGAAGCAGAGGUCAGCAACAGAGACAGAGAGCAGUCUCCAGGAUGUCUAUGGAGAGUGAGCAGCCCAAAGAUCCUAAUCCACAUUUGAGUACUGAACCUGAACCUUCAAACACAAGCCAAAAGAGAUGUCAUGUUUAUGAGGACAAGCAGCUAUCCUGCUGUGCUUUGUGUCAUGACAUGCUGAAGGAUCCAGUCUGUACUAGAUGUGGACAUUGGUUCUGCAGACAGUGCAUCUGCCCAUACUGGGACCAGUCUGCUUCAUCUGGGGAUUCCUGUCCUCAGUGUAGGAAAACUUCAAGAACCAGUAAUGGACUACAGACAGCAAGUUGGAGCAGCGGUGUACAAAAAGAUGCUGGCGGUCAGAAGGUUUUAGAUGAACAUAAGAUCGAUCUCAGGAAGAAAUAUAAACAUGUGACUGAAAGAGCUGAUGAAAUGGGCAGUGGAACUGUCUAUCAGGGAAUCUAUGCAAAGUUCCAUAUCACAGAGGGACAAAGUAAAACGGUUCAUACCCAGCACGAGGUGAGGCAGCUAGAAAUGGCUUCCAAGGAGAAACCCAUGCAUGACACUCAAAUCAGGUGCCAAGACAUUUUUGAAGCCUUACCUGAACAACAGAAACCCAUCAGAGUGGUUCUGACGACUGGUGUUGCUGGAGUUGGAAAAACAUUCUCAGUACAGAAGUUCACUCUGGACUGGGCAGAAGGUUUGGAAAACCAAGACAUCGAUGUGGUGGUCUUGCUUUCAUUCCGGGAGCUGAACAUGAUCAGAGAUGACCGGUACAGUCUUCUGGAACUGCUUGAUGUUUUUCAUCCAAUAUUACGAAAGGUGACAGCAGAGCAGCUCGCUGUCUGCAAACUUUUGUUCAUCUUUGACGGCCUGGAUGAAAGCAGACUUUCACUGAAUUUCACUAAAGGGAAGCUUGUGUUUGAUGUCACAUGGAAGUCAUCAGUUAGCGAGCUGCUGACAAAUCUCAUCAACGGGAAUCUGCUUCCCAUCUGGAUAACUUCCCGACCUGCAGCAGCCAAUCAGAUCCCUCCUACAUGUGUUGACAGGGUAACAGAAGUACGAGGCUUCACUGAUGCCCAGAAGGAGGAUUACUUCAGGAGGAGAUUCAGUGAUGAAGAGCUGUCCCGCAGAAUCAUCUCCCACAUGAACACAUCCAAGAGCCUCCACAUCAUGUGUAGAAUCCGUUUUCUGCUGGAUCACUGCUACAGUUCUGGAGCACAUGUUGACUACAGAAGAGAGAGGAGAGCUGCCCAAGACCCUGACUGACAUGUACUUACAUUUCCUACUAAUUCAACCAAAAAAGUACGAGUAUCAUGAGGGACAUAAAACACGUCCACAGAAACUGAUGGAGACUGAUAAGCAAGACAUUCUGAAGCUGGGAAGCCUGGCAUUUGAACAUCUAGAGAAAGGAAACAUUGUGUUUUACCGAGAAGACAUGGAGCAACAUGGUAUCAAUGGUGCAGGGGUCUCUUUGUACUCAAGAGUUUGUACAAAUGUCUUCAAAAGAGAAUGUGGUAUCUUCCAGAAACCAGUCUACUUCUUUGUUCAUCUGAGCUUUCAGGAGUUUCUUGCUGCAGUCUACAUGUUUCACUGUUACACCAACCAGAAGACAGAAGUGCUUCAGAAGUUCCUGAGAAAUGGUCUUUGUAUUUAUCCUGAAUCUUUAGUAUCUUAUUCAUCAUCAUCCACAGAUAUAUCCUUUCUGGAUAAAUUUUUGUGGAGAGUCAUGCAGAAAUCCCUCGAAAGUAAAAACGGCCACCUGGACCUGUUUGUCUGCUUCCUUCAUGGUCUCUCUCUGGAGUCCAACCAGAGACUCUUAGGAGAUUUGCUUUGUCAGACAGAGACAAAUCCGCAAAUAAAUGACAGACUCAUAGACCUUUUCAAUUCAGAGACUUCAAUUCAAAAAAUGACACUAAACAGCUAUAGAAACUUCAGAGGCCUGUGGGGUCAAACAGAGGAAAGACCCAGAGCAUUAUCAAUCACCCAGCGAGUCAUCAACAAUGUGACGACAAUGAACAUUUACAACAUGUCUCCGGACACAAGCAUCAACAUCUUCUAUUGUCUGUUGGAGAUGAAUGACCGCACAUUGCAUCAGGAAAUCCAAGAGUUCCUGAGGUCAAAGAACAGAUUAGGGAGAGCCCUCUCUGAGUCCCAGUGCACUUUUCUGGUCUUCAUGCUGCAAACAUUUGAAGAGGUUCUGGAUGAGUUGGAUCUGUGGAAGUUUAACACAACAUUGGUGGGAAAAUGGAAAUUGAUUCCAGCUGUGAGGAACUGCAGAAAGGCUCGACUUUCUGGAUGUCAACUGUCACUGGCUCACUAUGAAACCAUAGCCUCAGCUCUAAAGGCCAAGAACUCCCAUCUGACAGAGCUGGACCUGAGCUUGAAUGUGAUGCAGGAUUCAGGAGUGGAUCUGCUGUCUGCUGCAUUGAAGAGCCCAAAUUGUAGACUGGAAACUCUGAGAUUGUAUGGCUGCAAACUGUCAGAGACCAGGUGUGCUACACUUGUCUCAGCUCUGAAGUCUAACUGCUUCCAUGUGAAAAACCUCGACCUGAGUAUCAACAGCUUGAUGGAUUCAGGAGCAGAACAACUGUCUGACCUUGUGAGGAGCCCACACUGUAGACUCGACACUCUGAGAUUGGAGGAAUGCAGUUUGUCAGAGUACAGCUUUGUCUCUCUGGGCUCAGCGCUGAGGUCCAACCCCUCCUAUCUGAAACAUUUGAACCUGAAUGACAACAACCUGCAGGACUCAGGAGUGAAGCAGCUCUGUGGUUUUUUGGAGAAUCCACUUUGUACACCGGAAACUCUGAGAUUGAGGAGCUGCGAUUUGUCAGAGAUCAGCUGUUCUUCAUUGGUCUCUGUUCUGAAGUCCAACCCCACUCAUCUUAAAUAUCUGGAGCUGAGUAACAACAACCUGAAGGAUUCUGGAGUGAAGCAACUGUGUGGUUUUCUGGAAAGUUCAGACUGCAGACUGGAACAUCUCAGAUUAGGGUGGUGCAGUUUGUCUGGGAUGAGCUCUGCUCUUCUUGGCUCAGCCCUCAAGUCCAACCCCUCUUAUCUGAAGCAUCUACACCUUAGUGGCAAUGAACUCAAGGAUUCAGACGUGGAGCUGCUGUUGGAUCUAGCCAAGAGUCCACACUGCAGACUGGAGUAUCUAAGCUGGAAGUAAAGGGUGGAGCCUUGAGAAAGGAUGAUCUGUGUCCCGAUCUCCAGAGAUGUUGAAACAGCAGCAUCAGCCACAAUCCCCGUGUGUACCUCUGGAUCUGACUGAGGCUCAUCAGUGUAUCUGCACUGCUCUGCUGCUGCUGUCCUUUUACAGUCUCUGCAGACACAUUCACACUCCUCCUUGACCUGCAUUUUAUUUCAUGUUUUUAUUUAUUUACAUAUUCUUAAGCCAGAAUUUUUUCUGUUUAUGACACAAGUCCGAGAAUCAUAUAAGUGGCACACAGAGUACUUCAGUGACUUUGAACUAGUGUAAAGUCUGUGGCUAUCACUGUUUUCGUCUUCUUCUUCUUCUUCUUCUUCUUUAUCAUGAUACCUGAUCACAGUGUUGGGUGUCACUACUUCAACAGUAAAACUAAUCUCUGUAAUCAGAUUACAUUUUUCACUAACACAGUAAUGGACCAUAGUGUAAUACUAAAUUAAUUAAUUGCAUUAUAGUUACUUAUAUUAUCUGUGUUAUAAAAGGUUGUUCAGUUGUCUGCAUGCCAGUCACACUGAAGUCUCAUUAGGCUGGUUUUCAGCUGCUUUCUCUUCCCGUUGCCUUUUUUGUUUGUUUGUUUGUUUGUUUGUUACCAACACACAACCACCCAUAUCUUAAUCAAUACAUUUUCUUUUGUAUCUUAAUGUUUUGUUGGUCAGUUUUCGUAAUAUAUAUUCAAUAUAUUAUGCCAAUAAAGGUUAUUGGUAAUUGUAAUCAUUAGAGAUGUCUCCGUUUUAUAUGUGAAACAUCCAUGCACACAAUAAUGAUAACAGUCACUACUGCAAACCUUGACGGCUAAUGUACAAAAAACGAUUAAACAAUAAAAACAAUACAAAAAUAAACAAUAAAAAAUAAAAAUGUGGCUCUGUAUCAUCGUCUCUCUGUCACGAGUAACCUCUGGCUAUGAAUAUUUGCAGCUACAUGAGCAUAUCUGUAUGUGCAUAAAUAAUCUUAAGCUUAUUGCAUAAUGUGAUUAAAAUUUGCUUUAUUGUUCCCAGUGUGGGCAUUUAUAAUUUGAUCUAAUAUCAGCCUUCUCUAAUAGAUGAUAGCAUCUUUAAAGUCACUGUUUCACAUUUAACUUAAAAAAAGCUUUCCAAUCAUUCAUGGAUGUAAAGUUUUAGAAAGAGAGAGAGAUAAUUUUGUAGUGGUUAAAGGAGCUGUGGCAGUUUGUGUUAAAAUAACAACCUUAAUCUCAACAUUUUGAUCUUGAAUAAUAAUAUAAAUAAUAUAAAUUCUAUUUUGAAUUUAAUCUUAAACCCCGGUUCCUCCGGGGUUUUCAUACAGCUGAAUAAAUGUCAAACAGAAAACUGAUUAAACAGAAGUGUGAGAUGGUCAAGAAUUUGCGCCACCGUCUGGUUAUAUUUUAGAUAGCAAAGAGCAGGAGGCAGAGUUUCACUCCACCGAGAGAGCUCAUGACGUAAUUCUGAAGGCUAGACCAUCAAAUUUCACAGUCGCUCACUUCCGGCCUACCCGGCUUUGGGAGGACCCGGCCUUCGUGAUCUAAGUGGGCCAGGUCCUCCCAAAUCCUCCUCAGGAGGAUGCAGCCUCUGAAUUUGGACAC